AUGUAUUUCGGUAAUGUGUGUCAUAGUGUUCUGCCACCACUGGCUCGUCCUACGCUGGGCAGGACUCAGCCUUCCCCAGACCCGAAACCCCUCCUACCCUUCCACCUGCUGCCUGGAUUCACUGACCAGAUGGAUCAUGUCCAUAAAGCUCUGAUUGGCCCAGUCUUCAGGCUAACCUCACCGCUGAAGAGGAAGCCUAGUUCCUGCGGAGUUUGCCGACUGAGGUUCAACUCUGAGGCGCAGGCUUCUUCGCAUUAUAGUGGCACCAAACAUGCAAAAAGGCUGAAAUCUCUGGACGCUCCAGAUUCUAAGAUCAGGACCUCUGAACCGGUCACCAAGGAAACCACAUCGCAUAUCCUCUCAUCACCCUGCUCACAGCCCUCCAGCUCUGACACAACAUCAGGAGAGCACUCAGCCCCAAUCCCUACCUCAGAGGCGGCACCAUUGAGCAGCGGCCCCAAUGAAACUGUGAAAAUGCUGUCUGACCCCUCCCUGUCGCCCUGCUCGAGUGUGACAGAGAAGGAAACACAAGGAGACGGAGAUGUGGAGGUGGUUCCAGAGGAGACGGAAGAACAGAAAGCUAUACGCCUUCUCUACUGCUCCCUCUGCAAAGUGGCUGUCAACUCCGCCUCCCAGCUCCAAGCUCACAACAGUGGCACUAAACACAAGACAAUGCUGGAGGCAAGAAAUGGUUAUGGAGCCAUCAAGUCCUUUCCGAGAACGGGAGUCAAGGCCAAGUUGGCUGCGCCGUCUGAGUUGUCAACUGGACUCCAGAACAAAACUUUCCACUGUGAGAUCUGUGAUGUGCAUGUCAACUCUGAGACUCAACUCAAACAGCACAUCAGCAGUAGGAGACACAAGGACAGAGCAGCAGGUAAACCAGCCAAGCCUAAAUUCAGCCCUUACACUCCCACCCAGCGUCACCAGAGUUUCCAGGCAAUUCGUCUGGCUCUACAAAAGAGCCAAGACCUGACCAAACCUUUGGCCUCGUCUGUCCUACAGCGUCAGCUUUCUGUUGUCGCCGCUGCUGCCCUGGCAACGCUGCCCCCUUUCUCUCUACGGCCUGCCUCAAACUCAAGCCCCGCCCUGUUUCAGAGUCAGCCCCUCCCCCAGACCCUGCUGCAUCCGGCUCCCGGGCCCAUCUGUUCAACACACACGCCGGUUCUGUUUCCCCCCUACUGA